AGUAAAAAAAACCGUGCGUCACGUCCGGCUUGACGUCACUCGCCGGCGUCCGCCUCUGACCUUCGCGGAGUUCACAGAGCGCUAGACGGCCGGCGGCACGUGCAGCAGAUCAGUUGUGUGGAGCUAGCAGUGGAGAUGGGUGACGUGGAAAAGGGCAAGAAGGUGUUCGUGCAGAAGUGCGCCCAGUGCCACACGGUGGAGAAGAGCGGCAAGCACAAGACGGGCCCCAACCUGUCGGGUCUGUUCGGCCGCAAGACCGGCCAGGCUCCCGGCUUCAGCUACACCGACGCCAACAAGUCCAAGGGCAUCGUGUGGAACGAGGAAACCCUCUUCGUCUACCUGGAGAACCCGAAGAAGUACAUCCCGGGCACCAAGAUGAUCUUCGCCGGCAUCAAGAAGGAGGGCGAGAGGAAGGACCUCAUCGCCUACCUCAAGAAGUCGACCUCGGAGUAGACGGACGGGCACGCAUCCAGAAGAACUCGGCCGGCAGAAACACGUGGCAAGGGCGAUGGCGACCGCGUGCGUGCCCCCUAUUUAUUUCCAGUUCCCCGUCCAAUUAUUUUCAGCCGAGUGGAGCUGCCCUCGCACACUUCUCGGGCAGCUCCGCGCGCGUGCGCAGCUCGAGUUUCCGCCUCGCACAGAGAGGGAGCGAGCGAGCGGGCGAUUUAGUCGUCUUUGUUGGUAGUUACGGUUCUCCUGUGGAAUGUCCGUUGUGUGUGUGUGGGAUGGGGGAACUUUUAACGUGAAUGGCGAAUAAAAGCAAAACCCGUACAAACUCG